AUGACGGCAGGAGGCAGCGACAGGUCGAGGAAGAGAAGGAGGCUGGAGGGAUCAGACAAGACAAGAGAGGAAGGAGAGGAGAGAGGGGACAUCGAUGCAGACAUAGAGAAGAGAAGGAAGAAGAGAGCGAAAGUAUGCGAGCACGGGCGGCAGCGAUCGGUGUGCAAGGGAUGCAGGGGCGGCAGCAUAUGCGAGCACGGGCGGCAGCGAUCACAAUGCAAGGACUGCGGGGGCAGCAGCAUAUGCGAGCACGGGCGGGUCCGAUCACAAUGCAAGGGAUGCAGGGGCAGCAGCAUAUGCGAGCACGGGCGCCAGCGAUCGGGAUGCAAGGGAUGCAGGGGCAGCAGCAUAUGCGAGCACGGGCGGGUCCGAUCGGUAUGCAAGGACUGCGGAGGCGGGAGCAUAUGCGAGCACGGGCGGCGGCGAUCGGUAUGCAAGGGAUGCGGGGGCAGCAGCAUAUGCGAGCACGGGCGGCGGCGAUCGGGAUGCAAGGAGUGCGGGGGCGGCAGCAUAUGCGAGCACGGGCGGGUCAGAUCACAAUGCAAGGACUGCGGAGGCGGGAGCAUAUGCGAGCACGGGCGGCAGCGAUCGGUGUGCAAGGGAUGCAGGGGCAGCAGCAUAUGCGAGCACGGGCGCCAGCGAUCCAAAUGCAAGGGGUGCGGGGGCAGCAGCAUAUGCGAGCACGGGCGGGUCCGAUCGGUGUGCAAGGAGUGUGGGGGCAGGAGCAUAUGCGAGCACGGGCGGCGGCGAUCGGUAUGCAAGGAGUGUGGGGGCGGGAGCAUAUGCCAGCACGGGCGGGUCAGAUCACAAUGCAAGGGGUGCGGGGGCAGCAGCAUAUGCGAGCACGGGCGGGUCAGAUCACAAUGCAAGGGAUGCGGGGGCAGGAGCAUAUGCGAGCACGGGCGGGAGCGAUCGGGAUGCAAGGACUGCGGGGGAGGGAGCAGGAGGGUCAAGCUGGGGAGUAAGUGA